CCCUCGCCAGCCAGUGCAGUGCCCAAGAACUGGUCAGGGUGCUCAAUGAUCUCUUCGCUCGCUUCGAUCGCCUUGCUAGUGAAAACCACUGCCUGAGGAUCAAGCUACUAGGAGACUGCUACUACUGUGUCUCGGGACUACCUGAGGCUAGGUCCGACCACGCCCAGUGCACCGUCGAGAUGGGGCUACACAUGAUUAGGGCUAUCAAGGUGGUGAGGCAGAAGACGCAGGUGGACCUCAACAUGAGAAUCGGGAUCCACUCGGGAGCUGUCCUGUGCGGCGUCCUAGGCCUGCGGAAGUGGCAGUUCGACGUCUGGUCCUAUGACGUCACCCUCGCCAACCAUAUGGAGUCUGGUGGGAUCCCUGGGCGAGUCCACGUGUCCAAAGCCACCGUAGAAUGUCUGAAUGGUGUUUACGAGGUGGAACCCGGACAUGGGUGGACUAGGGACCAAUACUUGAAGGAUCAUAGCGUGGAGACCUUCCUGAUCAAGCGCGAAGAACCCUUGAGGCCGAGACGUCGAGGUCCUCGCUUCUCUCGCUCGAGGCUUUGGUCCGAGGACGAGCGGAACACCUCGGCCUCGCAGAGCUUACGGGAAGCAAGGAUCGGCUCAAACGCCACCACAGUCUCCAACUCGCAGCUCCAGCGGCUUCCAACUGUGCCAACGACGCCGACAACACCUUCAGAAGACAAAGACGACGAUUCGGUCAACAGCACUCCGGCAACACCCGAGCACACCGACGCCAACAACGCGAAUCACAACGGCAAUCACAUCGGCGAGUCUGCGAUGAGCAACUCGUCGUCCUCAUCCAGCACUUCCAGCUCCACCACGACGCCCACGGAGAGCGCCGACGACAAGGACAAAGUUUCCGACGGCGACACAAGCGAUUCCAACUCUCCGACUCCUUCCCCGACGCCUUUGGAAGACGAGAACACAACGGAUUGGACUCCCGAAAUUCCUUUUGGAAACCUGAAAUACUAUGCGGGCGUGUGGAGUAGUGCAGCCCAUUACUCUCUGGCGCUCCGUAAGCAAAAAAAAUUCUCGUCUCAGACUUCGCUCGAGAUGGACUGGGAGGACGAGGCAUUCCUCGAGGAGGAGUUCCCAGAGGGCCUGGAGGACGAGGACGAGGAGGCUGAAGUCACACAGUUCACUAACCCGACGAGCACCUUCACUCAGGAGGUGGACAACCUCAUGGACAACAGCAUCGAAAUCGAAUCGAACAAGAGGAUGAGAGCCGAACACAUGAACCCCUUUACCUUAACCUUCAAGGACCCCGAGAUGGAGGAAAUGUACCACCAGGUGCGCGCUGACCUCCUCAAGAGCAACGUCGUCUGCACCUGCGUCAUAUGGGUCCUCAUCGCCGUCUGCCAGGCCAUCGUUGUCCCGGAGGAUUCGAGGUCCGCGCUCGUGCUGCCCUUCCUCGUGGCGUCCACCCUCCUGGCGGCGGGCCUUCUGCUCGUCAUGUCGGAGGAGUUCCCUCGUCUCCCGAAGACCCUCCGGAGGCUGUCCACCCGCCUCGCCCGCGCCACCCUCGGCAGGAAGGUGUUCGUGUGCGCCCUCAUCGCCAUCAUCGCGGUGCCAUCCAUGUUAACUCUGAUUCUAGUGUGUAACGAUUUGAACUGCUGUACUACCUGUCAUCCAGACAAUCAGACUUAUGGCAUUCCGUUGAGCUUAAUGCACGUAGGAAGCCCGACGAAUAUCGAGAUCUUGUCUUCGGGCCAGAGUGACACUGUGGUGAAGGACGGCGCCGACAAGCCUCCGCUGUCGCUGCUGCUCUCCCACGCCCCCAGACACGUCGUCCAGGAAUCGAGGUACACUGAGGACGUCGGGAAUUACUAUCACGCGGUUAACAAUAUGGGUCAUGACCUCUUCCCACAGCCUCAGGAGGGCGUCGUCGUUCCGAGGGGGAGGUCAGGGAGGGAGAGCCUGAGGGAGAGGCGCUCGGUGAACCACGGAGCAGGGCAUCGCGAGGUCGAGAAGUGGGCGUACCAACCUCACGCAGACAGUGGUGAUGUGUUUCCUUCCAUAAGUGUGGCGUCCGGGACUAGAACUAGUAGUGACGAGAGCUUCGCCGCGCUCGAGAGGUAUCGCAGCUUGUCCUUGCUGAAGAGCACGGCGAAACAAGCGUCCGGCGUACAAAGCGACGGCCGGAAGCGAAUCCGUCGGCGGGGAGACAAGCUGCUGGUCGGCGGCGGCGAUCACGACAACAACAGCUUAUCCGGCGCCUCAGCUGCCGGCUUCCAGACGGACAUGCCGAAGACGAUGAGGAAAGACCCUUACUCGGAAACACCAUCCACUGCCCAGCCGGACGAGUUGAACGAAUGCUGUCGUAACAUGUACCCGCAAUACUUCGUCUACACGUGGGUGCUGUGCAUGGUGGCGCUGGCUUCGUUCCUCAAGCUCAACUACCUGGUCAAGACGAUCGUGCUGGUCUUCAUGGUCACUUGCUAUGGCGUUCUCAUACUGAAAUUCCGGAACCUCUUCUGUAUGCAGGAUGGCGAGACCGACCCGAGCCACAGUGUCGUGACGCCCUCGAGUGUGAUCAGCCUCCCGGCGAGGAUGGGCGUGCUCCUGGUGCUUUUCUUCUUCAUGGUGACGUACCACGGGCGUCUGGUGGAGAUCACGUCCCGCCUCGACUUUGUGUGGAAGCAGCAGGCGGUGAGGGAGCUCGCGGACAUGGGGGAAUGCCGGCAGUACAACAACCAGCUGCUCAAGAAUAUCCUUCCCGAUCAUGUGGCUGCGUACUUCUUGUCUGAGGAUAGGAAGGGAGAGGAGCUGUUUUCCAAAGCCUACGACAACGUGGGAGUUCUCUUCGCCUCGAUACCCAAUUUCACGCAGUUCUACUCCGAGGACGUCAACCGGGGAAUGGAGUGCAUCAGAUUGCUCAACGAAAUCAUCGCGGACUUCGAUGAGCUGCUGGACGAAGACAGGUUUUCAUGCAUCGAGAAGAUUAAGACAAUAGGAAGCACGUACAUGGCGACCUCUGGUCUCAACCCCACGGCUAAGGUUAGUGAUAGUGAUAGUGAUGAUUGCGAUGGCGAUCGUGAUGAAGUUAGUUAUGAUUGCA